AUGGCCGGGAAGGUGGCGCUGCUCCUGUGGGCCCAGACCCUCGGCCUCGCUGGUGCCCAGACCACCCAGCUCCUGGUGGAGCCCCCCUGGAGGCCAGCGGUGCUGUGGGACCGGGUGACACUGACCUGCCAAGGCUUGGGGACUGCCGGUGCCACCAUCUGGUACAAGGACGGGCGGCGCUGGUGGCAGCAGGGAAAGGACCGCCUCAUUGUCACCCUGAGUGGAACCUAUGAGUGUGACAGACCUGGCAGUGGGCUCAGCCCCGCUGUGAACAUCUCAGAUGACUGGCUGGUGCUGCAGGUGCCAGUGCAGGUGCUCUUGGAGGGGGACACAGUGACACUGCGCUGCCGGAGCUGGCGAGACAACCCGAUCACCUCAGUGUCCUUCUACCACGAGGACGAGGAACUGGAGGUGUUCCCCAAUGGCACUCAGCUGUCCCUGUCCCGUCUGCGGCUGAACCACAGUGGCCGCUACCGCUGCAAGGGCCAGGUGGGAACCUGGGGUUGGAAGGAGUCAGCGCUGGUGACAGUGACAGUUCAGGUGCCCGUGGCCCACGCCACCAUCACCCCUGAUGUCCUGGAGGUGACACCGCAUGACACGGUGGCCGCAGGUGUCAGUGGGGCCCUUUUGUUCCUGCUCCUGCUCAUGGGUGUCAUUGUGGCCUGGCAUCGGUGGAACCAUGUGGAUGCCAGGAAGCACCAGCAAAGGGCCCCCCCAGACCCCCUGGAACUCCCAGUGGAGGAUCCUCAGGCGACGUACAUGGAGCUGCAAAGGCAAUCGUUGGAACCCAGCGACAUCUAUGAAAAUCUACACCAAAAGUUGUGA